GGAUAAAAUCCGAGUCCUGGAGUCUGAUGUUUCCGGAAGCGUGAGCGGAAGCUGCAGAAAGUCAGAAACAAUCUCAGCAGAAGUGAAUUCUUCUUCAGCUGGGCCACGGUUUGUAGUCUCCAUUUCUUGUGUAUCGGUGGAUCUUUCGUUCCUUUAUUCCAUUGAAGCACCCAAAGAGGCAGACUAAGAUGCCUACCAUCUCCGCUCCGAAGAUCACCGCUUUCUUCUUCCUUCUCUUCUUCAUCUCAUACGCCCACUCGUUCUACCUUCCCGGCGUUGCUCCUCGAGAUUUUCAUACUGAUGAACCGCUGUCUGUUAAAGUGAACAAAUUAUCAUCUACAAAGACUCAACUUCCGUACGACUACUACUUCUUGAAGUAUUGCAAACCCCCGAAGAUUGUGAACAAUGCAGAAAAUUUAGGAGAGGUUCUUCGAGGGGAUCGCAUUGAAAAUUCAGUAUACACGUUUAAAAUGAGGAAGGAACAAUCUUGUACUGUAGCUUGUCGCGUGACUUUGGAUGCUGAGUCUGCGAAGAAUUUUCAAGAAAAAAUUGAUGAUGAAUAUCGAGUAAACAUGAUUUUGGAUAAUCUUCCAGUUGCUGUUCUUAGACAGAGGAGGGAUGGAGGGCAAUCAACCACAUAUGAACAUGGGUUUCGUGUUGGGUUUAAAGGAAACUAUCAAGGGAGCAAGGAGGAGAAAUAUUUUAUCAAUAACCACCUGAGCUUUAGAGUCAUGUAUCAUGAGGAUCCUGAAACUGAUUCUGCUCGUAUUGUUGGGUUCGAAGUCACCCCAAACAGUAUCAAUCACGAAUACAAGGAGUGGGAUGAGAAGAAUCCACAAGUAACAACAUGCAAUAAAGACACCAAGAAUUUAAUGCAAGGCAGCACUGUCCCACAAGAAGUAGGAAAAAACAAGGACAUUGUAUUCACUUAUGAUGUUUCCUUCAAGAAAAGUGAAAUCAAAUGGGCAUCUCGAUGGGAUACAUAUCUUCUAAUGAAUGAUGACCAGAUCCACUGGUUCUCCAUCAUUAACUCUCUGAUGAUUGUUCUUUUCCUUUCCGGAAUGGUGGCAAUGAUCAUGCUGAGAACUCUUUACAAAGAUAUUUCUAAUUAUAACCAGCUAGAAACCCAAGAUGAGGCCCAGGAAGAGACAGGAUGGAAACUUCUCCAUGGAGAUGUUUUCAGGCCACCAACCAAUUCGAAUUUACUUUGUGUUUAUGUUGGUACUGGUGUUCAGAUCUUUGGAAUGACACUUGUGACAAUGAUAUUUGCAUUGCUGGGAUUCUUAUCCCCAUCCAAUCGAGGCGGUCUUAUGACAGCCAUGGUUCUUUUGUGGGUUUUUAUGGGCUUGGGUGCUGGCUACUCCUCAGCACGUCUGUACAAAAUGUUCAAGGGCACAGAAUGGAAGAGGAAUACCUUAAAGACUGCAUUUAUGUUUCCAGGCAUUCUUUUCUCUGUAUUCUUUGUGCUGAAUGCUAUAAUUUGGGGGGAGCAAUCUUCUGGGGCAGUGCCUUUUGGAACAAUGUUUGCUCUUGUUUGCCUGUGGUUUGGUAUAUCAGUGCCCUUGGUAUUUGUGGGUAGUUACUUGGGUUUUAAGAAGCCAGCUAUUGAAGAUCCUGUGAAAACCAAUAAAAUUCCCAGGCAGGUACCUGAGCAGGCAUGGUAUAUGCAACCCAUCUUCUCUGUUCUUGUUGGAGGCAUUCUCCCAUUUGGCGCAGUGUUCAUCGAGCUCUUCUUUAUCUUGACAUCAAUUUGGCUGAACCAGUUCUACUACAUAUUUGGCUUCCUUUUCAUAGUGUUUGUCAUACUAUUAAUCACUUGUGCGGAGAUAACAAUCGUGCUCUGCUACUUCCAGUUGUGCAGCGAAGACUACAACUGGUGGUGGAGAUCUUACCUCACUGCCGGGUCCUCUGCUCUGUACCUUUUCCUCUACUCAAUUUUCUACUUCUUUACCAAAUUGGAGAUAACUAAAUUUGUCUCUGGCAUCCUGUACUUCGGGUAUAUGAUAAUUGUUUCGUAUGCCUUCUUUGUUCUGACCGGGACUAUUGGCUUCUAUGCUUGCUUCUGGUUUGUCCGCAAGAUCUAUUCGUCUGUGAAGAUUGACUGAUUUACGUCAUAUAACGGAUGAGAAGGAGGCUAACGCUCAGACCAUAUGAGAGGCCGUAGAAAAGGUGAAGUCUUGAAGCAGAUACUGAAGGGAACUUGUUUCCCUUGAUUGGAGUUUUUUUUUUUUAUAAUUAUUUUAGUUAUGUUAGAAUAGCAGUUGUACUUUUAAUUAGUUACCUAGUUUCCAAAUGUUGCUGUGACAGAUUAUGAAGCAACGACUUGAUGCUUGCCUAUUUCUACAUGUCCAUGUGUCUUAACAUAAGGCAUUCAAUCUUAAGAUAGUCAUCGGGGCAUUGGUGCAAAA